GUCUGUUGGGAGCUUGGAUUAGACAAGAGUCUCAGAGAUGGCAAAGUCAACAUACGAGGAGAUGCGGCGGAAGAGAUUGGAAGAGAAUAAGAAAAGGAUGGAAGACCUCAACCUCACUAAACUCGCUCAGACCCUCAAGAACGCCAGUCCCAAGCCCUCCCCUAUGAAGAAGCCUGGAACGCCAAGGAUGGUUCGCCUUCCAGUUGAUUUGGCUUUCGUUAGAAGGUCCGGCCGUGUCGCAAAUAAGCCUGCGCCAGUCUACAAGGAAGUAACUAAUGAUUUUUUUGAGAGGCCGGCUAGAAGAAUCUUCAACUACAAGCGCAGGGAUUUGGCGAACCGAGUAUAUGCUUCAGAUGAGGCUAGGGAAUAUGCCGCACAGAAAGCUGAAGAAUUGCAGUCAAGUCUAGACCCUAAUAUUCCAAGCUUUGUCAAGCCAAUGCUCCAGUCACAUGUGACUGGUGGGUUUUGGCUGGGUCUUUCAACCCAUUUCUGCAGAUCUUAUCUUCCAAAACAUAAGGAAAAUCUCAUUUUGGAAGAUGAAAAUGGAGAGGAAUGUGAAACAUUAUUUCUUGCCCAAAAGACUGGGCUAAGUGCGGGAUGGAGAGGGUUUGCUAUAGCACAUGAUUUAGUUGAUGGAGAUGCUCUAGUUUUUCAGCUAGUCAAGCCUACAAAGUUUAAGGUAUACAUUAUAAGGGUUUAUGGUUCAGACAAAGUUGAUCAGAGUCCAAAUUCUACAAAUUAGAUAGUUCUGCAAAUCAAAGUUGAUGUAGGUAACUUUCUUGUCUGCUUUUGCAUCCUCUACAAAUCACUUGAUAAUGUAGCA